CCCACCAUUCACUGCUCAGCACGGGGGAGCCCCAGGUGCCCAAUUGAAAUCUCUCCCGAUCUCCCUCCCAAUGUCAUUGAAUUAGCCAGCUCUGAAGUAGAGGUCAUUCCCCACCUCUCCGCCCGACGUAAUAAAUGUCGUGUAUCGCCUACCCAACCAGGAGCUUCUGGGAAGCUACCAACACACAGUCAGGAGAGCAAAAUGUCGUGGUUUAGUGGUAUCUUGGUUCCCAAAGUGGAUGAACGUAAGACAGCAUGGGGGGAGCGCAAUGGAAAGAAGGGCAAACGCAAGAAUACAUCUUUGUGUGGUCCCCGUUACAUGAGCUGUCUACAAGAUCCUGAGAUGGAGCGCAACAGCCGCAACAACUUUAGCCUCCGUUGCACUUGGCAAGAGGACCAUUACGGAAAGAAAGGGGCAGGAGGUGACCUCGGCCUCAAAUCCGUUGCCCUUGGUUUUGAGGACGGGGAAGUCAAGGUCUCCAAAACUGGUUCAAUGGAAGCUGUUGGCAUGGAGGAGGGAGAGCACCAUCUGACCCCUAAGGAGUGCUGGACUAGGUUUCUACAAGUGUUCCAGUCAAAGAAAUUUCAGUCUACCAAACUGGAACGGCUGUACCAACGCUAUUUCUUCCAGAUGAACCAGAGCAGUCUAACUAUGCUGAUGGGGGCCCUGGUACUGGUCUGUCUGGUUAUGCUGAUUUUUCAUUGCACUCAUGGGGAGCCCCAGGUACUUUAUGUUUCUGUACUUGCUGUUGCCAUGGCCUUGUUUCUGUCACUCAUGGUGGUCUGCAACCGCAAUGGCUUUCACCAAGACUACAUGUGGAUUGUCAGUUACCUUGUUAUUGCCGUCCUGUUUGCGGUACAAAUUCUUGGGGUCUUUAUGGUCACCCCACGUAGUGCCUCUGAAGGGAUUUGGUGGAGUGUUUUUUUCAUCUACAUCAUCUACACUUUGCUUCCUGUACGCAUGCGUGCGGCAGUGCUGAGUGGAGUCAUCCUGUCUUCUCUGCAUCUUAUCAUAUCUUGGAGGCUGAACAUUGAUGAUGCCUUUCUCUGGAAACAGCUAAGUGCCAACGUGCUGAUCUUCCUCUGCACAAACAUCAUUGGUAUUUGUACCCACUACCCUGCAGAGGUUUCCCAAAGACAGGCCUUCCAAGAAACACGAGGUUACAUCCAAGCCAGGCUGCAUCUGCAGAGGGAAAACCAGCAGCAGGAGCGCCUCCUGCUGUCUGUUUUACCACGUCAUGUGGCAAUGGAAAUGAAAGAGGAUAUUAACACCAAAAAGGAAGACAUGAUGUUCCACAAAAUCUACAUACAGAAACAUGACAACGUCAGUAUCCUGUUUGCUGAUAUUGAGGGCUUUACCAGCCUGGCAUCGCAAUGUACAGCUCAAGAGCUAGUUAUGACUUUGAAUGAACUCUUUGCACGAUUUGACAAGCUGGCAGCAGUAA